AUGAAGAAAAACCGGCACUACAAAAUUAAUCGACAUUUAAGAUAUGUUUUGAAAGGAAAAAAUCUUCAUGAAAAUGAAUUAACAGAUAAUCCAUCACCAAUAAAACGUUUUAUAAAAUCCGAUCUUGUACAUACACAAACUAUUCGUGCCAAAGCUUUAAGUUGUAUGGAAGAUAUUAGUAAUAUUAAUGAAAGUAGAGUUAGUAAUGCAGUUAAUCAAAUUGAUGCGGUAGAAGAAGAAUUUACGAAAUGGUUAGACGAGAAUACGGAUGAAAAUCAAUCGGAACUGCGAAAGCAAUUCUACAAAGCGAUUACAAGUUUUAGCGAACGUUUUAUUAUGAAAUUGUACGAAAACUAUCCAAAUAUAAUUCAAACGUAUCGAAAACAAGCAGAACUGGCUGAUAAGCCACUACAGCAUCGUACUACUAUUCAUCUUGCAGAUCGAUUAAACUUUGCAGAUGGUAGUAUCUGUUUAGAAAAUUUAUGUGUAGAAAUUCUUCCAAAAAAUCAUAAAAUCAUCUUCUUGGAUUCAGUACCAAAAGCAAAGAAUAAAGCCGAAUGUCAAGAACCACAGGAUGAAAUGCAAAUCCUACGUUAUUGGAAAGAUAUGGGAAUAUUAUAA